UGACAGCCAGCAAACCACCCCAUCACCUUGUUGCCCCGGAAAACUCCCACAACUCCUUCCACUACUACAUCUGCUGGGCUUCCCCACCCAACUCAUCUGGGCCAACUACCACAUCUCUGCACCCUUUCAGUGACUCAGUCUACGACCGCUUCUCAUUGUGAUAGCAUUACGCCGAGCUGCUCACUAGUUGUUCACUGUUAUUGUUGCUUAUACUGUGUACACUACCUCGUUUCUGAACAAUCUGUGUGCUACAGCCAGUGUAUCUUCUUGUUUGUGAACAGAUCCAAUCAGUGAAGUGACCUUCACUGGGAGAGGGAGAUAAUGAAGAUAGCCAAGUAGCACAACACACUUGACGUCUCCAGUCAGUGCUGGUGCCUGGCCCUUCGGCACCUCAGUUAUCCAGAGAGAUUAGAACGCCUGUAACUGCCUAGCUUAUACUACAGACGGAUGUGUGUCUGCCGCCAGACGCUAGUGUUCCUGUGUUAACUAGAUCUUACAAUGAACCUGAGAUACUGUACCUGGAAGAGGCUUGAGGUGGUGACGACAGUGAUCCUAGUCACAAUAUGGGGAGUCUCCUCUAAUUUUACCCAGUCACUUACUGACUCACAGGUGACAGAGUCACCCCUGACAAAUUUUACUCUUAAGAAAUGUCAGUGUGACAUUAAUCAUGUGCUGGAUGAGUCUACCUGUAUAGAAAGGAAGACAGUUGUAAUUUUGUGGACCACCACAAAUAAUGAACUAUUAUAUUUUAACACCAGUAUGUUUGAGAACAAAGAGGUGGCAGAGCCACAAUGUCCUGGUGGCCUGCCACGUGUUGUUAUCGAUGAUCGUACCUUCAAUUUUGUUUUGCUGCCAUCUGGAGAACUUGCAUGGACAUUGGACGAUGGACAUACACAAUUCUUCCUGGAUUAUUGUAUCGAACAUCAUGUGCACGUUGGGGGUCAAGUGGGUUGGGAAGCUCACGUGUGUUUGCCUCCUCCUCCAGUGCCUCGAUGCUGCCCUCCAGGAUAUGCUUUGGCUCAUGACGACUCCUGUGUUGCCUACAGUGGCAACUUUGCACCACCCAUAGACUUUAAUAACAUGCCUGUGCAAUGGUCAGCUGCUGAGGGGGAUGUUCAAAAUGUUACCUGUCAUGGAAUGUCAGUUGUUCGCCAUCUUAACUUGAACACUCGAGAGGGAAUUCUUGCCUAUAACUCAGAGAGGGCAAUAUUAGAAUGGAAGUCAUCUACGAAACCCACAACUUAUAAUAGGGAAUAUGAGUACUGUGUGGGCAUGAAUAAUGUUGAACAAUAUGUAGCUAAAUUCUGCUAUCUGGACCCCUCUCUGGAACACCAGGUUAAGUGCAACAACAGCAAUUGUGUACGGAAAUGUUGUCCACAAGGUCAGUUGCUUUUGGGUAUGACGUGUGUUAAUUCCUACUCAGAGGAAGAGAUUUGGCAGCCAACAAUCCCUGCUAGUCAAAAUAACACUUUAGUUUUGGCACCUGCUGAAAAUUGGACAGUAGUUGCUGGAUUUCCAUUUUGUGAAAGUUUCUUUGAUUUUGAAUCUGAUGUGAAAAGUUACGAUGAGUUCUACCUAUUGCCAAAUGGUUCACUUCAUAUUUCUCUUUAUAAAGAUAGCUACCCACCAACUAACUACUGCCUUGAUCUUUACCUGGAACCAGGUUUGAACUACACCCUUCUCCAUAAGGCUAUUCUUUGUAUUAUUGAUCCUCCCUGCGGUUGGAAGACUCUUCUUAAUACAGUGUUGCUUGGAAUUUCUUGCUUGUUUUUGGUGGCUACCCUUGGUGUGUACCUAGGUGUGGCAGAGAUAAGGGAUCGCACCUAUGGUCGAUGCCUUAUAUCAAUGGUUACUGCCAUGUUGGCCUCAUUCCUCACCAUCAUUAUCAAUAAUCAAGAUCAGGCAUCCUCCGACGCUGAGUGCAUCACCCUAGCAUUUAUCGGUCAUGUGAGCACUCUAGCAACUUUCUUCUGGCUUAACGUUAUGUGUUACGACAUGUGGUCAACACUCCGAUCAUCCCGACAGAAACAUCACAGCAAGAAAGUAUUCCUACUGUACAGCAUAUAUGCUUGGGGUGGUCCCCUGGUGGUGGGUGUAGUAGCGCUGGUCAUUGAUAACCUACAAUUAAAGAAUGUCAUCCUUCCUCAAUUUUUGAAUGGCAAAACCUGUUGGUUCUAUGGUAAUGAUGAGUACUGGCUCUACCUGGCAGGCAUCAUCUUUGUCUUGGUGGUGAUCAACUUGUUCUUCUUUAUACAUGUAGCGAUCACACUGGGAAGAGACUUCAAGAAAAGGCGAGAAACGUUUGGCACUAAUACAAGCCAAAGCAGUAAUUCUACCAAAACUAAUGCGCAGGUCUGGCUCUACAUAAAGCUCUUCAUUAUCAUGGGGAUUAUAUGGAUAGCGGAGACCAUCUCCGGUGCCCACCAGAGGAAAACCUGUACCUAUUGGGUGUUUUUUGAUAUAAUCAAUGCAUUGCAAGGAGUAUUCAUCUUCUUUGUGAGUGUUUGCAACAAGGACAAUAAGAAAAAGAUACGAGAUGCCUGGAAUCCUCGCCUUAAGAAUGUCCAAAAUACACUUACCUCUAUGCAAGGGCCAAUGUCAAGAAUAGGUGUAAAUGCAGGGAGACGAGGCACUGACGUGAGUAUAGGAACAUCUGAUGCUUCUAGAAAGACUUCAGUCACCUCUCUCCCAAGGAAGUUCUCUCUUGCAUCGAAUAUCUUCCAUCCCACUUACAAUACACACAGGAAGAUCUCCACUGCCUCCAAUCUUGAAACUAUUCCAAUGGAAACUACGGCUGAUCAGUAACAUACUGUACUCUACUCAUAUCUCAGUCUUAAGUGUUCAUGAUUUUUUUCUUUAAAGGGAACUUAUAAUUCUGCCUUUUAUAGAACACUACCAUAUUAAAUUACAGUAUAGUAUUAACCAGUAGCUCUUUUAGCUGAGUUUUAGGUGAGGAAACCUGCAUAUUAUGGUGUCACACUAUGGGGAAGUCUUAUUCCAGUUCAGGGGGACUACUUUGCUCUUGGGCCUUAAUUUGACCUAAAAUCUUAACUUUUCAUUAUCCCUGGUGAGCAGUGUUGGCUUAACCUGGGUUUUAGGAAGACUGGGAAGGUAUCAUUGUAAAUAACUGGUUGUCAAGAAAAUGGCUAAGUCCCCUGCUGUAACAGUUUAAGGAGCCAUAACUCUGGAUAUUAUUCAUAGAAAUAGUGAUUAUGAAACUCUUCUGAGAUGUUUUUAGGUUAUUUGCAUACAGGUACCUGGUUUGGUUAAAAAAGAAAAAAGAAUACUGUAAAUUAUAAAUAUCUACCAUAUAUCAGUCACUCUGCUGAGUGAAAAGCAAUAAUGUUAUGCCAACCCUCACUGUAUUGAUAUUAAACUAUGGGUUGAACAUACAGAACAUAUAUAAUCCUUGUGUAAAGAUGUUCAAAGUUACAACCUUCAUGUACUGUACUUGAUAUUUUUAUACUGAUGCCAGAAUUGUAGGCAAUAGAAAUAACUAGUGAUAAAUUUAUGUUCUCAACUGAGAAGUAAUGUUUGAGGUUUUCAUUUACUAACUCAGUGUUUUGGCAGUACUAUUGUGACAUAAUUCACAAUAUCAUCAUCAUGAGAAUAUGAUUGAACACUGUCUUUUUUAAAGUUUCUCAUUGAAUUAGUUAUGUGAAAGUGAGGCAAAAAUACUAAUGGGAUGCCACUUUUAAUAUUUUAUUUGGUUAACACACUAUGAUUUUAUUCAGCAAAGAGUGGAUCCCAUACAUGGUUAACAAAACAAUAAAUGGUUUGUACA